AUGGGAAACGAGAACUCUACGUUGUCUGGGGAGGAGGAACCACGCCAUGACAGCAGAGACGACGGCACCACCGAAGGUGGCGAGUGCUGCGGAUUCCGUGUGCUGGGCAUUCAGGAGCAGUCACCGUCGUCUGCUGUGGGCUUUGUAAGCUUCUUCGACUUCAUCCUCGAAGCGAAUGGCAUCCGACUCGACACGAAAGAUGCAACGCUUAUGGAGCUCAUCGCGCAGAGUGAAGAUCGCCCUAUGCAGCUUAGAGUGUUUAACGUCAAGGCACAAACCACGCGGGAGCUGCAGCUCACGCCCAGUCGCAAGUGGCCAGGAAAGGGCCUGCUAGGCGUAACUAUUCGAUUCGACUCAUACGAAGGAGCGGAAGACCAACUGCUGCACGUCCUCAAUGUGGAAGAUUCGUCGCCGGCAGAGCGGGCGGGGCUUCGAGCAGAUUCCGACUAUCUAUUGGGCACACCUGAGCGCGUCUUUGCGGAUUCUGAGGACCUGCAUGACGAGAUCCUGGACGCUUUGGAUGGGUCCUUUCAGUGCUACGUCUACAACUCGCUGGACGAUCAAGUUCGCAUCGUGUCGAUCGUACCGACUGAGCGCUGGGGAGGUGACGGUGUUCUAGGAGCUGAAGUCGGUCAUGGUGAAGCCACAGCAACGCAGUGA